AUUUCCGCUUCCGGGUAGCAUGUCUGCAGACGAAGACUUGAGCUGAUAUUUUCUGACCUUUUGGAAAUUCACAGUGUGUGUGUUGACCCUGAUGGCAUCCAAUUAUGCAAAGCGAAUGGGUCACUUGGCAGCUCGCAUUUUUGGAGAAGUAGCUCGUCCCACCAGUCAGCGCUCCAUGAAGGUGGUGAAGCUGAUGAGUGAACUCCCUCCCAAUCUGAAUCCAGAGGUCGUCAACUAUUACCCACGAUACAAGGAUACCAAUGGCCUCAUGAUCAAACUCAGAAAACAUGGCUUGUUUAGGGAUGAGCAUUUAGACUUUCAAGAAGAGAUGGUAAGGUUAAGAGCUUUGAGGGGAAAAGUGAAGCCAAAGAAGGGAGAAGGAAAGAGAGCCAUGAAGAGGAAGUGACAUGUGUAAUGAACAUGAUGAAGACUUAUGUAUAUCAGCGUGUGAAAUGUGUUCUAGUGUCUGAUUGAUGAGAUGACAGAAAUCAACAUCCUCAGUUCAAUAUUUGUACAAUCCUCGACCAAGGCAUUAUGAUCGUCAUCAGAGUGAAUUGUUCUUGUUCAUUCUGUCAUACCAUUCUCUGUCAGCAGGUUAUCGGUGAAUGUAGCCAUCGGAUACUUACCAAGAUGUCAUCAUGAUAAACAGAACUGUAGGUACAGACACGUAUCUGGAUCCCUCGACUGUGAGCUUGAAAGUGGUCGUUUUGUCCUUUAACGUGUCAUUUGAGCCCAGUCCAGUACAUCUUCCUGAGGCAAGAGAGUUAACUGACUAUAAAAGUCCAGUUUCACCCUUGCCGAACUAGGCUGGUAUUAUGGAGUUACGUUUUGGCUGCACUAAGGAGUCUAUGCAUAGUCCAAUCAAAAU